AGAAGCCAUCAAAAGUUUUAUUGCAUUCUCGGACAACAGUUGGGUGUGCGUCUCUUGACAAAGUGUCAUUCAAUAAAAAAGUGAACGUGCAACAAAGUGUGCCUCCAAGGAUUGAAUACCGCAGUAGCUUGUAUUUCUCUUGCAAGUGAAGAGAGUAAAAAUAAAUAUAAAUAAAAAAGCGACCAAAAAGCGUUGAAUCUAAUUUCAAGAAAUUUGUAAAGUGAUUUUCUAAGUGACGAAACAACAUAGCAGCGCAGCAGCAAUAAUGAAACGGUUCUACUAUCUUCUCUGUGUGUGUUUGUUGUCGUGCAAUGUGGUGCACGCCUCCUAUUCGCACUUGCAAGCGAUUGAUUUCUCGCAGCUGCAACAGCAGCAGAAGUCAUCAAUUACACAGCAGCAGCAACAACAGCAACAGGACCAGCAAUCGCAAGAGCAAACCGACACCACCACCGACUCAUCCGAAGACUAUGACAGCCAUCCGCAGUACAGUUUUGCUUACGAUGUACGCGACACGCUGACCGGCGAUGAGAAACAGCAGGAAGAAAAACGCGAUGGCGAUCUAGUGCAAGGACAAUACUCACUCGUUGAACCAGAUGGCACACGCCGUGUUGUGGAAUACACCGCUGACGAUAUCAAUGGCUUCAACGCCAUAGUAUCCAAGCAAUUGGUGGAUGAGCGCUCUCGCGCUUCCGCUUCGGCUACUGCUUCAUCCUCACGGUACAACAGCUUCGAAACUCUGCAAUCGCAAAUCCAAACCCAAGCCAUUGCCGAGGCACAAGCUCAAGCCGCAUCUUAUGCUGAGGCUCAGGCGCUCGCCGAAGCACAACUCCAAGCACAGGCUAAGGCACAUGCUGAGGCAAUGGCUCAGGUGCAAAGCGACGCUGAGUUGCAAGCACGCAUACAAGCGGAGGCUCAGGCACGCGCUCAGGCCCAACAACUGAUGGAGCAGUUCCAGCAACAGUACAAACAACAACAGCAGCAACAGCAAGAACAACAGGAACAAUUGGCUCAACUGCAACAGCAGCAACAACAACGUCAACAGCAACAGCAACAACAACUGCGUACGCAGUCCCAACAAUCACAAGACCGACUGACCAACGAACAAGCCAUAAUCCUCUCGCAAACACUGCCCACCCGCACGCUCGGACACAGCGUACAUGCCACGGUUGUUUCGCACCCACCCACGAUCUUGUCGCGCCCACCCAGUGGCACCGUGUACGCCCAACAACGCGACAUCACCACACUGAAGGAACUGCGCGACGGUAACGCACGCCAGAUCAUCGAACGCACUAACCUCCCGCAAAUAGUGAUCACGCAACCGGCUAGCGCAACGGUACAAGCUCAGGUCAUCCACUCACCACUGCUGUUGGAUGGCAGCGCUGGCGCUACAGGCAUGCGCAGCGUCAUCUCCACGAAGAUCACCAAUGGCAACGGCAACGGUGGACGCAGCAGCAGCACCAUUUCACUUCGCGGCGAUGCCGGACGCUUGAGCGCUGCCGACCAACUGCUGAACCAGCUCGACACUGACGAUGACGACACAUUGACACGCAACAGCCUGCGUCUGCUGAGCGGUACUGGUAGCAGCGGCAGCGGUGGCAGCAUCAAGGGACGCACCAACGGUGGUCUUAACGGUAGCAGCGGCGGCAGCGGUCUGAGCGGUUUCGAUGGCAGCAGCAGCGGUUCGGAUGAACGCGGCAAUGCUCGUGACGACCUCCGUAAUGGACUAAGAAAUUCAAACAGACGCUUGCAGAGCCUCUUCUCCAGCAGCGGCAGCGGUUCGAGCGGCAACGGCAGCGGCAAAUCCACAUGGUAAAUGAGACAGGAAACAUAACAACACAAACAAAACAAAAAUAUUUUUAAAUUCAAACAAUUCUAAAGAGAAUGGGAGAGAGAGAGAGAGAGAGAGUAGGACGAACAUGCAAACGAAUGCGUAGAAUAGACAAUAAUGAAUGUAGCGUGACAGUGGAGCGUGUUAGAGUGUAGCCAUAAAUGUAUUCAAAGAAAACUAGUGUGAUCAACAGUCAGCAACGAUUUGGCAACGGACCAUAGCUAUUGUAUAACGGACUAUGAUUUGCAGCAGCCGCCAUCUGUAACGGCAUUAACAUAGACUUAGAGAUUUAGUUGUUAGUUUUGUUUGCAUUUUUCUCAGUAGCAUUUAAUUACUAACCAACUUGUGGUAGCGAGCUAUUUAGUUGAUUUUUUACUCUAUACUUAUUUACUUUUAAUACUUGUACUUUCGCGGGAUUUGGGUGAACUUCAGCUAUCGCUUUUUUUCAUCUACGCUUUACAAAGCUAUAGCAUACGCACAGGCGCGCGCGCACUAACUC